AUGCGUCCGGGGUACGAUCUCGACGGACUCGACAGCGUUUCCAUCCUCGAGGUAGAUGAUAUCGUCGCUUGGCGCCACGACCGUUGCCGCCACGACACCUGGGUCGGCAAGGACGAGGACGCGCAGCUGGUGCGGCUGACGUUGCCGGAGGGCGUGCCCCCAGGUGCCACGCUGCCGGCCGUGCACGUCGCGAAGGCGCGCUCGAGUCGCGAGGGCUUUGCUGGCUUCUUCGCACCGGGGCUGAACGACGGGCUCACGCUGACAAAGAGGCCGUAUACGUGCGACUGCAGCUGGAAGGCGCGGUUCUCGUGCCCAGGGGAGGACCGGUCGGGCCUAAUGAACAGAAUGUUUGGCAAGCCUGCUGCGGACGACGGCUCUGCGUGCUUCGCCUACUGCUGCGGCGGCGAGGACCACGCGCAGGAGGCGGCGAACCGCACGCUGCGGACGCGUUGGCCGCGGCCCGGAGAUGCGGACGUGAGCGAGAUCACGGCGAUGUCGUCGGCGGCGGCAGGUGCCGCGGCGUCGCCGACGAUUGUCAAGGCCGCCUUCAAGUCGGUCUUCAAGGAUGUGCUUGCGGUGUUUAGCAUGCUCGACAAGAGGGCUUCGGACGCGCCGACUGAGGAGGAGUUCCGGUGGUGGGCGGCGGGAAAGAGCGACGAUGCCUUCUUGGAGAAGCACAUCGGCGAAUUUGUGGACGAGUGCAUGCCGCUCGGCCUCCACCACCUCGCCGUCGACGUCACGCUCAACCGGACCGAGGCAAACCGUUCGAGAAUCGCCUCGUCGCCGCUGCCUCCGUCGGAGGAGCGGGCCUGGAGCCCCUCCUACCGCGGCAUCGACGGCGUGUACGUUGACAACACCGCCCUCGCCAUGACCGUCGCCACAAUGAUUACGGACUGCCUGGCGGGCGACGAGACCCUCGACUGCGCCGACAAGACGCUCGACGUAGUGCUCGUCAACGACGGCAACUCGGACCCCGCUGCCAACGGGCUUGGGAGCUUCUUUAGCGACACGGGCACGCCGGUCGGCACGUACCAUCACACCGGCGGGCCAAAGGGCCUGGCUCUGGUCCCGUCGCAGAUGAUCUUUGCCGAGCCCUACCCGAAGAACUUUACAAACUACUUCACGCCGAGCGCGAUUGCGGCGGUCAAGGGUGACAUCCGCCGCCAUCGCCAGAAGAUGGAGAGGCGGGAGAGGGACAUGGACUUCUCCGACAACUUCUCCUUUGCGCCGCCAGAGGAGGAGGAGGGGCUCUCCCUGAGCGACGGCCAGUCUGUCUUUGCCGCGCUGGAGGACGCGAGUGACAACAGCGACGUGGUCGCGGCCGGCUGGCAGGGAGACCCCGACGCUCAACCGCCGCCCGCGACCAAGAGGAAGCGCGGCUUCUUCCCGUGGGAGAAGGCGGAGCCGGUGCCCCCGUACAACGGCUCGAGCCUCGUGUCGGGCACCUUCACUACCAUCGACAACCCGCAGUGGGGCGUCAAUCUUCUCGUCUUCUGCCUUGCCUAUCCGCAGGACCCGCUUCUCCAGUCGGGCGUCGGCUUCUCCAACGACCCGAUCAUCCUGCCCGCGCUCACCGCGGCCACCUUCUUCGACACGCUCUACGAGCCCAUCGCCAGGCGCUGCGGCGUAGUCUCGGCGAGGGGCGAGGUGGAGCGGGCGACGCCGCACCUCACUCGCUGGCUACACGAGCGGAGCGUGGAGCGCGCCACGAACAAGCGAGCUGAGCGGGAGCGGACGAAGGAGGAGUCGGCGGCGUAGCUUCCGUGAGGCGCUUUAGGCUGCGAGGCCAAGCGAUGUGCCCCGACAGCGGGCUGUGAAACUUGGCGGGAGAAGUGCGGGCGUGCACUCUGCACAUCUAGUACGG